UUCAUUAAACUCAGUUUGGACUCAUUUCUUCUCCUUCCUUUUUUUUUGAAGUGCAUUUCUUCUUCUUCAUUUUUCUCUGUAGAACUGCAGUAUCACACGAUUCACACCAAUAUUUUCCACACCCAAAAAAAAAAAAAACAAACACAGCCUCUAAUUUUUUUUAACACACUUCCCCGCCAUUUGCCCCAUCUCUCUCUCUCUCUAGGGCUUAUUCUUUCAAAAUUCCCAAUUCCUUUCUUCAUCUUCUCUCUCCUCUCAAGCCCUAAAUUCCAGAAUUCAAAUUCCUUCAAUUUCAUGAUCAAAUUGCAAUCAAAUUUCAGCUCAUUUGUGCUGUAAUUCAUCCUAAAAUGAGCAACAAUUUCAUCGAUUGGAGUCAAAGAGGCAUCACUCUCUCCAACACUAUACACUCCGAAGUCGCUCCAUGCUUACCUUUGCCUUCUCUUCCACCUUUUUGCGGCGCUUCCGAUGAACAGCUUCAUCUUUUGGACGAUAAUCUAACGAGGCCGCUAAAUCGCCGCGAAGUUCUUGCGCAGGCUUCCAAAAUCGCUGAUCUUCUCCUUCAUACUGAUGUCUCUUACUUGAAUAUUAGAAAUGAUGCGAAUUCGGUUUUCGAUUCGGCCUCGACGCCUAUGGACCUUUAUGAGGAGGUUCUUCGCUGCAAUCCUGAUGCCUUUGAGUGUGCACUUCCAGGUCGUGUUGAAGAGCGCAUCUCUAGUGUGGAGUCUGAUCGGGGCAUUAAUCAGAAAAAUGAACGUGCCUCUUGUCUUAUUCAAGGAGGUCCUGGAGAAAACCGCAAUAAUCAACAUGCUCAUGUUAUUGAUGGUGCACCUUCAUCAUCUAAAAGAUCCAGAGCCAAGAAGAAAGGAAGCCAGGGACUGUCAUCGUCUGCUGUGUCAGAUCUUAGUGAAGAGCGAGAUGCUAUGGUUGGGCGGUUCUGCGAUUUUUUGGAAGACUUUUGUAGUAGGGCUGAAAUUCCUGGUGAAGAGCGAGAUGAAUCAGAGUGGUUACAAUUGCCUACCUCCGACAUCCGUAUGGUUGUGAAGGAAGUAUUAUCUAUCCAAGAAGAGAACUUACUACAUCAGGUUCCUGUUGAUUUUCUUGUGAGAUUAUUAAAGGUUCUAGACCAUCAGAUUCAUCGUGCUGAAGGCCUGUCAAUUGAUGAAAGUGAAAAUUCAGACUCAGAUGUUUCAGUGAUUUUUUGUGCCUUGGAGUCUAUUCAUGCUGCUUUGGCUGUAAUGGCUUUUAAGGACAUGCCGAAGCAACUUUAUAAGGAAGAGAUUAUUGAGAGGAUAUUUGAGUUCACCAGACGUCAGGUCAUGGAUAUAAUGUCAGCUUGUGAUCCUUCAUAUCGAGCUUUGCAUAGACCUGGUGAUAACAAAGUCGCUGAAGGAGAAGAAGACCCAGAUGCCGAGGCUGAGUUUGGUUCUGCAAGCAAAAGACGUCGUACAACCAAGAGUGUUAAAGUGAAAAGGACAACAGCAAACAGGGUUCCAGCUGCUGUGAACAUUGUGUUUCAGAAGCUUUGUACUAUCCUUGGUCUUCUGAAGGACCUCUUAUUAGUAGAACGCCUCUCAGACAGCUGCAUCUUGCAGCUAGUGAAAACGUGCCUGUCAACUUUUUUAGUUGACAAUAUCCAACUCUUGCAAAUGAAGGCUAUGAGCCUGAUCAGUGGGAUAUUUUAUUCAUAUUCACAGCAUCGGAGUUAUGUUGUUGAUGAAGUUAUACAACUUCUGUGGAAGUUACCAUUCUCAAAACGAGCUGCCAGAGCAUAUCAUUUAUCUGAUGAAGAGCAGAAGCAGAUUCAAAUGAUUACUGCUUUACUGCUGCAGUUGGUACUCCAUAGUGCUAAUCUUCCAGAAGCUUUGAGGCAAACAUCGAACAAAAGUGCCAUCUUUGAAACUUCAAUUGAAACAAAUUACCUGAUUAAAUGCAAUGAAGCAGCCACAGAGGCAUGUGUUUCAUUCUGGACACAUGUUCUUCAGCGGCUAACAAGUAAAAGCCAGGAUGCUUCUGAGGUUAAGGUGAUAAUGGAGAAUCUUGUUGUGGAUCUGUUAACUACAUUGAACCUGCCAGAGUACCCUGCUGCUUCCCUCAUUUUAGAAGUUCUCUGUGUCUUGUUGCUUCAGAAUGCUGGUCCAAAAUCAAAAGAUAUAUCUAUACGCUCUCUGGCGAUUGAUGUACUUGGUACAAUUGCUGCACGAUUGAAGCAUGAGUCAGUUCUUUGCCGUAGGGAGAACUUUUGGAUAGUGCAGGAGCUACUAGGUAGGGAAAAUGUAAAUGAGAAUGAACAGACAGAUACAUGUUCUGUUUGCUUGGAUGGAGUAGUUGAAAAAGCUCUGGUGAUAUGUCAAGGCUGUCAGAGACCUUUUCAUCCUGAUUGUAUGGGGAUCAGAGAAACUGACAUGGCCACACGUGGUUGGCAGUGCCCUUUCUGUCUCUGUAGAAAACAACUUUUAGUGUUACAAUCAUACUGCAAAUCACAGCCUAAAGAUGAUAGCAAAACCAAUCAUAGUCGAUCAGAAAAUUUAUCCGAUGAGUCUGCUUCAGAAACGGAAAUUGUUCAGCAGAUGCUUCUUAAUUACCUGGAGGACACGGGUGCUUCUGAUGAUCUUCAUCUUUUUGCUCGCUGGUUCUAUCUCUGCCUCUGGUACAAAGAUGAACCAAAAUCUCAGCAGCAGUUCAGUUAUCGCCUUGCCAGAUUGAAAUCUAAAGCAGUUAUUCGUGAUUCAGGGGCACUAUCGUCUUUAUUAACCAGAGAUUCCAUUAAAAAGAUCACUUUGUGUCUAGGACAGUAUAAUUCCUUUUCAAGAGGAUUUGACACAAUUCUUGGCAUGCUUCUGGUGAGUCUACGAGAUAAUUCACCUGUAAUCAGGGCUAAGGCAUUGCGUGCAGUUAGUAUAAUAGUAGAAGCUGAUCCUGAUGUUCUGCGUGACAAACGUGUUCAAUCAGCCGUUGAAGGAAGGUUUUGCGAUUCUGCAAUAUCUGUCCGAGAAGCUGCUCUGGAACUUGUUGGAAGGCAUAUUGCAUCUCAUCCUGAUGUUGGUUUGCAAUAUUUUGAAAAGGUCGCGGAGAGAAUUAAAGACACUGGGGUGAGUGUUCGGAAACGGGCAAUCAAGAUUAUCAGAGACAUGUAUACAUCAAAUGCCGAUUUUAUGGAAUCUGCGCAUGCGUGCAUUGAGAUCAUUUCUCGUAUCAGUGAUGAAGAGUCAAGUAUUCAGGAUCUUGUUUGCAAAACAUUUUAUGAGUUCUGGUUUGAAGAACCUGCUGGGAGACAGUAUUUUGGAGGUGAUAGUUCUGUACCAUUGGAGGUGGCUAGAAAGACUGAACAGAUAGUUGACAUGUUAAGGAAGAUGCCUAAUCAUCAACCUCUUGUCACUGUUAUCAAACGCAAUUUGGCUCUUGAUUUCUUGCCUCAGACAAAGGGAACUGGGGUUAAUCCUGUGUCACUGGCAACAGUGCGCAAGCGUUGUGAAAUGAUGUGCAAAUUUUCACUGGAAAGAAUAUUGCAGGUAGAGGAAAUGAACCCCGAGGAAGGUGAGUUGCGGAUACUUCCUUAUGUGACGGUUUUGCAUGCUUUUUGUGUUGUGGAUCCGUCACUCUGUGCACCUGCUUCCAAUCCUUCUCAAUUUGUUGUCACACUGCAACCAUAUCUUAAGAAUCAGGUUGAUAAUCGAGUUAUGGCACAACUUUUGGAGAGCGUCAUCUUUAUAAUUGAUGCUGUUCUUCCUUUGCUGCGGAAACUGCCUCAAAGUGUUGUUGAAGAGCUCGAGCAGGAUCUGAAGCAGAUGAUUGUUCGUCAUUCCUUUUUGACGGUUGUACAUGCUUGCAUCAAGUGCCUCUGCUCUUUGAAUAAAAUUGGUGGAAAAGGAGCAAGAUUAAUUCAGUUUCUCAUUCAGGUGUUUGUUAAACGAUUGGAUGCCCUGGGUGUUGAUAACAAGCAGCAAGUGGGCCGAUCUUUGUUCUGUCUCGGUCUUCUAAUCCGGUAUGGAAGCACCCUUUUGAGUGGGUUGAAUGAUGGUGUCGAUAUUGUUAGCAGUCUCAGUUUGUUUAAGAAGUAUCUUCUCGCUGAUGAUUUUGGCAUAAAGGUCAGAGCUCUGCAGGCACUUGGCUUUGUUUUGAUUGCUAGACCCGAGUAUAUGUUAGAAAAAGAUGUUGGGAAAAUUUUAGCAGCAACAUUGUCUUCCAGCUGUGAUGCUCGUCUUAAGCUGCAAGCCUUGCAAAAUAUGUAUGAUUAUCUCCUUGAUGCGGAAAGUCAGUUGGGGUCAGAUACAGUAGAAGAUAAUGUGGCUGACUGCUCGCAAGAUGGUGGUUCUGCUGUACCUGUGGCUGCAGGUGCUGGUGAUACUAAUAUUUGUGGCGGAAUAGUGCAACUUUAUUGGAACCAUAUCUUGGAAAGAUGCUUAGACACGAAUGAACAAAUCCGCCAGUCGGCACUGAAGAUUGUGGAGGUAGCACUGCGCCAAGGUCUUGUACACCCAAUUACUUGUGUCCCAUACCUCAUUGCCCUGGAAACAGAUCAGUUGGACGUGAACUCAAAAUUGGCUCAUCAUCUACUAAUGAAUAUGAACGAGAAGUAUCCAGCCUUCUUUGAGAGUCGUUUGGGUGAUGGACUACAGUUGUCAUUUAACUUCAUACGAUCAAUGAGUGAGAAUUCUGAAAUCCAACAGAAGGUUGCUGAAAAUUUGAAGGGAAAAUAUGAUGCGUUGUUUGUCAAUACUCGGAUAGGGGUUUCUCGUAUAUACAAGCUCAUACGCGGAAACCGUGUUUCUAGAAAUAAGUUCAUGUCAUCAGUUAUUCGGAAAUUUGAUAAUCCGUGCUGGAGUGAAUCAGUUGUCCCUUUCUUAAUGUACUGCACAGAUAUUCUCGCUUUGCUACCUUUCACAGCACCUGAUGAGCCUCUGUAUUUGAUUUACACCAUAAACAGAGUGAUACAAGUUAGAUCUGGGACACUGGAAGCAAGUCUAAAAGCUUUUAGUUCUCAUUUCUCCCAACGAAGUUUUCAAAAGGUUUUGACAGAAAAUGGGAGUAUUUGGCAAGAAUUAGCAGCUGAUCCUCUCUCUGCUUCUUCUAUAUCUUUUGAGUUAAACGGUCAAGUUCAGUUGCCUGAAGAUGGGAAUUUGCAUUGUAUGGUGAAGGACGAAAAUGUGCACACAAGAACCCCUGGACCUCAUUUGCUCACCGAAGAUGCUCAGCAGAGAAUACGGGCUGUCUGUCUUGCAGCUACUGCUCUUCAGCUCCUUUUGAAGCUGAAGAGGCACUUGAAAAUUGUGUACAGUUUAGAUGAUGUUCGAUGCCAAGCAUUUUCUCCUACUGAACCACCCAAAUCUGGGGAGUCCCUCUCAAGGCAGAAUAUUCCUUUUAGCAUUGGUGAUAUAAAUACCAAUUUGCCUUCUACUUCUGAAGAGUUAACUCAAAGAUAUCAGGAAUUUAAGAACGCACUGAGGGAAGAUACAGUUGACUACUCAACCUAUACGGCAAACAUUAAGAGGAAACGCGCACCCACUAGAAGAGGAGGUAAGGCAGGCCGAAUGUUAGGAAGAGAUGAUGAAGAUUAUGAAGAUGACGAAGAAGAUUGGACGGGUGGAAAGCGGAGGUAUUAUAGCGGACGACCAAGUAAUGGUGUCAGAGGAAGCAGGCGGUUGUAGUUUGUACAUAGCAGGUUAGGCUAACUUGUACAGUUUAGUAGCACAGAUGCAAAGGAAAGAUACACAAGCACGAAGGAGAGUUGGAUUUGUGAUAUCAGAGGUCCAAAGACAAGGAAAGGGCCAUUAAGUAUAUUGGCUCUGAGGGCUUGGACUUUCAGCUGCUGCUUCGAUCUUGUAACCUGGGCACCAACCAUACAAAGGUAUAUUAGUUGGUAGAAUUUUAGCCAUAUUGGCCUCGGGCUUAUUGCUAUUGGAAGUAAAUAGGCUCACCCCUAUUUUUGUAUCUUGGGGUUUGCCUUUCCUUUAGAUUGGGUAGUCAUUGUAAAGGAUGUAAAGUUAAAUUUGUGGCGGGGCAUUUGUGCUCUUGCCAGACAACUGAGGUGCAAAGUUCAGGUAUCGGCUGGGUGGAUUUGUAUAUUAGAUCUAAAGCUAAUUACUUUCAUUUUAGUGGAAUGUAAAUUCAAUUCUCGUUGCGUUUCGAGUGAACA